AUGAUUUAAUAGAAUUAGUAUCCAUAAUUAAAAGAAGGCACCAUAAUCGAUGUGUCUUCACCCAACCAACCUAUUAAAUAGUUUAAAAUUUUAGAACUCUUAGGAAUGGGAUAAGAAGGUGCUGUUUAUAGAGCCAAGUCAUUUAAUUAAGGUUAAAAUUAAAAUGAAGUUGCCAUCAAAUUCUCAACGUAUAUUAAGGAAAAUGUGAUGUGGUUUUAUCAAAAGAUCAUCGAAUAUUAGAAUAAAUAUGAAUUACCCAAUAGCUCUAAUUAUGCUCCUUCAAAUAUUAUAAGAAUUUAUGAUGCUUUUCAAUGGAAUAACUUUUAUGUUCUAGUAAUGGAAUUAGGAUAAAUUGACCUCUAUAAAUAUAUAGAGUAGAAUAAAAAUAAAUUGACAAUUUAAUAAAAGUCAUCAAUUUGCUUAUAAAUAUUAACAUCAAUCGUCUUUAUACACUCAUAGAACCUCUUCCACAGAGACAUCAAGCCAGAAAAUUAUAUGAUGGUUGAUCAAUAGAUCAAAUUAAUUGAUUUUGGAUUAAUUAAGUUCUUCAAUGUUGAUUAAAAUCGUAUGACAUUAGCUGUUGGCACAAAGCUUUUUCAAGCACCCGAAAUAAUUUAAGGGAAACCGGACUACACCAUGGCUGUUGAUGUUUGGGCAAUGGCUUUUGUUUUUUAUGAAAUUAUUAAAGGAACUCAACUUUUAGAUGUUAAAACAAACUAAGAAUUAGAAGAAAUAGUAAAAAGACAUAUUAGUGAUCAAAACUAAAUAUACACUAAAAUAGAUGAAUUGCAAAUUUCUGAAGAAUGGAAGCACACAAUUAAAAGAAUGCUUCACCCAGAUCCAAAUUAAAGAAUUACUGCUAGGGAAGCAUAAGAAAAAUUAUCUAAAAAUUUUAUAAUGAAGAUGGCUAUUUUAAAUUAAACUCCAGUAACAACAAAUUUUGUUAAAUAAUAAUUGAAUGCAAACAACGGUUAAUCCCAAUACUAAUCAUUAUAAUAAUUGAUAACAUAAUAAAUAAAUGCAUUGGUUAUGCCUUUGUAAGGUCCUAGUUUUAACAAUAAUUAAUAAUAAUAAAAAGAAUAAUCCAUCAAGUUACUGUGUAAUUUAAAAGAGUAAAUAAUAAAAGCUUUAAAUUAAUUAGAAAAUAAUCCUAUUCAAGUUUUAUAAACUAAUGGUUCUGAUCCUAGUCAAGAAAAUUAAAAGUAAAAUUAGGCAGUUUUCAGGAAAGACCUUCCCCCUAUUAUUGCAUCAAAAUUAAAUGAAAUAAAGAAAACAAUGUAAGAAAUUGAGGAGAAAUCCAUUUCAAGUUAAUAAGAAGCUGAUUUGGAUGACAAUUUUCAAAAAAUUAAAGCCGAAAUUGAAAUCUUAAAUAAAAUUACUUUGAAUUUUGAGAAUAAAUAAUUAGAGUAUAAAUAGGUUUAAUAAACAGUUGAAAUUUUGAAAUAAAAACAGAAAAUGCUGAUAUAAAAAGAAAUUUUAGAAGAAACUUAAAAAGAAUUACAAACACAAAUUAAAUCUAUUAAUGAUGGCUAACUUAAAAGAGAAACUGAUAAUUUUCAACUUUAGAUUAACAAAUUAGAACAAUAAAUGAUUACAUUAAAUUACUAUUAAGAUCAGAAAGCAAAAUAACAAUAAAUUAUUAAUGAUUUAGAAUAAAAACUCACUCAAUUAUCUGACCUAGAUUUGGAGGUUCGAAAAUAAAAAGAUGAAAUAUUGGAUUUAAGAAUUAAGCUAUAAUUUUUAGAUUCUAUUAAGUCUGAAAAACUGAAAAAUGAAUAAUAUAUAACUUAACUAAAAGAGGAUAUUGCAAGAUUAAAUAGCUAUAAAGCCUAGUUUGAAUAAUUAAAAUUAGAAAUUUAAGAACUCUAAUAAAGUUUACAAUAACUAUCGACUAUAGAGGCUGAUGUAAAAACGGUAAAAGAACAAUUAAUUGCUACAAAAGCUAAACUAAGAGAAUUACCAAUUGAGAAAUAAAAAUUGGAAAAUUAUAAUAAAGAAAUUGACAAACUGAAAGAAGAAACAAAAAUUCUUGAUCAAAUUCAAUAAAGAAAUGAAAUUCUAAAUUAACAAAUAAAGGGAUUUAUAGAAUAAAGAAAUUUGAAAUUAGAAAAGGAAGAAGAGGAAAAAAAAUUAUAAUUAGAAAAGGAACAGUUAGAGAAGGAUUUAUAAAAAUAGAUAAUCCCUAGGGCUACUACGUUAAGAAAGUGA